AACCCAUCAGACACAAAUACAAGAUGUUUGUUCUGCUGCAGAUACACUGACAAGCUGGAGCGGCUGAAGAAGCUGAAGGAAGAAAAGGAGGAGCUGCAACAGAGAGUCAUUGGGGCCAUGGACAGGAAGCUGCAGGCUGAUGAGAUGAAAUGGAAGCUGAUGUCGUGUAGGAUGAAAAUUGAGCAGCUGAAGGAGGCAGUGGCCUGGGGCAACGAGGAGGUGAAGAGCGAUAAAGACCUACACCUGCGCUCCCAGGAGGAGAGCCAGCGGCUGCAGCGGCGGGCCGGACGUCAUCAGGAGAAACGGGACAAAAUCGAGCGUCACAACCGUCGUCUGGGGGAGCUGCUGGAGAGACGCAGCCGAGAGCUGCAGAGCCGACUGAGUCAGCUGGCUGCGCUGAGACGAGAGCACAUCCUGGAGCUCACCACGCACAUCUUCCCCACGCAGGAGGAGAAGCAGGGCAGCAGAGACCCCGCAGAUGUGGUGACAGAGUGCGACCUGGCUUUGACCUCUAGCACCGUGAGUGAGCUGGCCGAGGCUCGGAGGACCACCUACCUGUCCGGACGCUGGAUCUGGGACGACCAGAACGGAGAGACCAGCAUCAGCAUCACUGGAGCCCCCGUCACCCUGCCCAGCAAUGGAGACUGCUCGGCCUACUACAGCUGGGUGGAGGAGAAGAGCAUCAGUCAGGGCCCAG